GUGUGUUUCAGUGUGUGCAUAGUUUGCAACUCCCACCGAGCUGUGGUGUCCCCCAAAUAACCUAGCGGCGGCGGCGGCGGCGGCGGCGGUGAUGAAUGAGCUGGGUGGAGGCGGCGGGAAGAAGGGCAAGGCAUGGCCCUGGUGGCUUGGAGCGAGUGCGGCCCAGAUCACCGGCGCGCUGGUUUGGUUCCGGCGAGGCAAGGGCGGCAGCGACAUGACGAUGCCGUUCAGGGCGUUCGCCGUCGCCUCGCUCUUCGUCGGCGCCGGCGCCACGACCGUCACCGCCGGAGUGUCCGCGGCGGGCGUCGGAUCGGUGGAGGAGAUGAAGGGCUUGGGCGCGAGGAUCCGGAAGUGGAGCAGAGUUCCUCCUCGCCGGGUGGAGGGAGGCGAGUAGCAGUACUGCCAUGGAUUUGAUCUACUGCUAGAGCGGCAAGAGUUUCCAUGUGAGGAUCAAGAUUGCUUCACAUGAUCACACAUUUGGGAGAUGCAAAUCAAUAAUCACAUCUGUACUGUACUACUACUCUGUAGGAGUAACUUUGUAGCGAAAGCUUGUUUACUCGAAUUUUGAUCCUGCCUUCUGGAAUAUAGCCAUUGUACUCGUCUCCCAGAUUGAAACUGAAACUGCUUGUUUAAAUUUUUUUUGGUGAUGUUA